CCCCCCCCCCCCCCCCCCCCCCCCCCGAGUGCUGGCAUGGGGAAUGGAGUACAGGAACAUCGGGGGGCGCUCACACAGGGUGAGGUGCUGCCACGGCCCUCCUCCAGCCAAUCAGAGGGUUUUAAGCAGGGCCGGUCUGUGUUGAACUCCUUGCUCUCUGGAGCCUUCGCAGGAGCUGUGGCUAAGACAGCUGUAGCUCCGCUGGACAGGACCAAGAUCAUCUUCCAAGUGUCUUCAAACAGAUUUUCUGCCAAGGAAGCAUACCGGUUGAUUUAUCGCACCUAUCUGAAGGAAGGCUUCCUGAGCUUAUGGAGGGGCAACUCCGCCACCAUGGUGAGGGUCAUCCCCUAUGCUGCCAUCCAGUUUUGUGCCCACGAACAAUACAAGAGGCUUCUGGGAAGCUAUUAUGGCUUCCAGGGCAAGGCUCUGCCUCCUGUGCCGAGACUCCUGGCUGGCUCACUGGCUGGCACCACAGCCGCCAUGCUCACGUACCCGCUCGACAUGGUGCGCGCCCGCAUGGCAGUCACGCCAAAAGAAAUGUACAGUAAUAUAAUGCAGGUGUUUGUGCGGAUCUCUCGUGAGGAAGGGCUGAAGACACUCUACAGGGGAUUCACUCCAACUAUACUGGGUGUGGUUCCUUACGCAGGCCUCAGCUUCUUCACUUAUGAGACGCUUAAGAAACUCCACGCAGAGGAGACAGGACGAGCUCAGCCCUACUCAUACGAGCGGCUGGCGUUCGGCGCGUGUGCCGGCCUCAUCGGUCAGUCAGCUUCAUACCCGCUGGAUGUGGUGCGACGGCGCAUGCAGACAGCAGGUGUGACGGGCCACACGUACGGCACCAUCCUGGGCACCAUACGCGAGAUCGUAUCGGAGGAGGGCAUCAUCCGCGGCCUGUACAAAGGCCUGAGCAUGAAUUGGGUCAAAGGGCCUAUAGCUGUGGGCAUCAGCUUCAUGACCUUUGACCUCACCCAGAUCCUGCUACGCAAAGUGGGUGCACGAUAGCCCAUCACGUUGGAGAAGACUCUUUAGAGGCAACACUCUAACCCAAGAUGUCUGCCUGUACAUCUGAGGCAGCCUGGAUUGGAAUAAUCGGGGUCUUCUUGCUGCUCGUGUCAGACCCAGGGAGGAGGAGGAGGAGUGAAAUCAAGCGAACAUGCUGCCGGAGAAAACAGGAAGUUGAUCAACUGACACACAAACACAGAGAUGGGUCUGUUGUGGAAGUUUGUGUUUCUACAUUUUGCAGGAAUAUGAAGUAACUUCUUUUUUUUUUGUUUGUUUGUUUGUUUGUUUUCUGAGUUGGAGAAUCUCUUGGUAACUGGUGUGUGUGUGUGUGAGAAAUAGAGUUACAGACAGAGACAGAACAAAUGUAUCUCCUGUAUGAUCUCUCCUUUUACACUGCCGUCUCACAAAGUGUCCAAGUCCAGCGAUAUCCAGCAAAAGUGCUACAUGUUCAUGCUGAAGCUGGGCGAUUAUUCAAAUCUUUACAUCAGUGUUAUGAGAAAUUCAGUGGCUCGGUUACCAGCAGCCAAUCAGGAGAUAGAAAUGAUGGGGAGGGGGAGAUCUUGAUUUGUUUAAGCAUUGUGACGACGGUUUAGGUUUUAAAAGGCGUGUUGUGUCGUGUUCUUAAAAAUGAGCUGAAAAAUAGUGAGCAUUUAAACUUCCUGGUGCUGUUUAACGAAUACACGCGCGCAUUUUACAAACUGAGCCGUGUCGGCACUUAGCAGGAGAAAAACCACCGUAUAUUCACAUCUCCCUCAGCUCUGCUUCAUGCCUGAACAUAAAACAGACGUUCAAUGUUUUUAUAGAUACUAUCUAUAUCUGUAGGUGUUCUCUUUUUCUCUAUCUGUGAUUUUCCUUUCUCCCUUGUGAUGUGUGAUGCGUCUGAGCUGCCUUGAUUGCUAAGUAGUGCGCGCACACACCCCAUCAGCCAUGAUUUAAAAUGUUUUUUAUUUCGUUUCAUCCGUAUGAGUUUGAGAUGAUCACUUAGGAGUGAGCCUAUAAAUAAGGGUCACUACUAAGUGAAUAUAAAAACAGCAAUAAGGCUGUAAUGGAGCAGAACGGAGAGGUGUUAAAGGGAAGUUUGGAGCGUCAUGCUGUUCUUGCUCACUGCUGAUGAAUGGUGUCCACUGCUUCUAUCUUUAUCCUGUGCAGUAUGUGGAGCCACUUGCACCAUAGACGGCUGAGAGCAGGUGUGUGUGUGUGAGAGAGAGAGAGAGAGAGCGCUGACCAGCUGUAGGCAGUAAAAUGCAAUGCGCGUGUGUGUGUGUGUACAUCUCCGUGCUUUAGUAGGUAUGCCAUGGUGCAUAUUAAGGUGUGUGUGUAUGUGUUGGUUGUGUAAAUGAUGUUCAGCUGCAGAUAGAUUUAAGUGCCUACAGAGAGAGUAGACAGACGUACUAUAACCGAAACACGCUAUCGGAUCUUUCUAUGUCGCAUAUCUUUGUGUCUUUGACCUGGAAGUGUGGCUAUACAGUAGAAAUGAUUUAAGCUACACAGCUUGACCUACUUAGAGUAAAGCUUUAACGUGCACUACAUGCAUCUUUCUAGUUCUAGAUACAUAACAACAGUACAAAGUGACGAGGAACGGUCCAGUAGGGUACGAGUGCCCUCGUUUCUGAUGCUUCUUGCAGUUCUCUGCAGAUCUGUGGCGUGUAUCUUAAUGCCAUUUGAGCGUGUGUGAUAAAAGUUGCCAUAGGUAAGAGCUCAUUCUGACUAACUGCAUGAUUUUCUUAGGUGUUCAGUGAAUCACUUUCCAGAUCAUCUUCAACUCCUGAGGAAAUUUAAAGGAAUAUUCUGAGCGCUUUUUAGUAUCAUGAAUGUAGCGUAAUGACUGCGAUUCCUCUGAACUGGAAUUUCACCACAUUUCUGUGCAAAAAAAAGAACAAAAAUCUUUUUUUUUUUCCCCCCCUCUCUCCAGAUCUCAUUUAUAUUGUAUGUAAAGGACACAUUAUGCAAAACACUUUAAUGAAGACACUGUAUCUUUGAAGAAAUGAAGGAAGACCUUCCUCUUAUUCGGUAUGAUGUGCAUUCAGACCGGACUGCUUUUUCAUUUCUCAUUUCUGUAAAUGUGAUGGUGCUGCUGCGGACGGCACAAAAAUGACUUUUUUUUUUUUUUGGUUGGAAAUGUACAUGACGCUUCAUGUAAGAAAAGCAGCUUUUGGUAUCAUGUCUUCCUCAUUGUAACACGCUUCUUGUUCACGUGUCACAGUUCUGUUGAAUUUGACAUCGAUGCAAAUGUGUUCUGUUUCCGUUAUUAGACUUUGUGUCCGAUUUCUGUUCUGGAGUAGACAUGCACCGAUGUUUGAUGGCGUGCUCAUUUCCUCACGCUUGUAAAAAUUCUCCAAUAUUGACAUCCAGUACCACAUAUUAGUAUGUAAAGUAAGUUUAGGGUACAUUGUCGCUAAUUAGUGUACACUGGGGGCGGCACGGUGGUGUAGUGGUUAGCGCUGUCGCCUCACAGCAAGAAGAUCCUGGGUUCGAGCCCCGGGGCCGGCGAGGGCCUUUCUGUGCGGAGUUUGCAUGUUCUCCCCGUGUCCGCGUGGGUUUCCUCCGGGUGCUCCGGUUUCCCCCACAGU